AUGGAGCCUCCCAACACCGCCAACAUCGUGGCGCGAAAACCCUAUCACACUAAGAGGACCCAUACCAAGUCGAGAAAUGGCUGCAAGGUCUGCAAGACGCGUCGGGUCAAGUGUGACGAGGCUCGGCCGGCAUGUCGGAGCUGCGUCAUGCGCAACGCCGUCUGUGUUUACCCCCAACAAUCUCCACCUCCCCGAGUGCGAGGUCCUUCGCCUGUCUCGGAUAUUCCUUAUGAACCUCUCUUCAUACAGUCUCCCGUGCGGGAUGCCGUCGACAUGAAGCUGCUGUGGUUCUACACCAGCAAAGCAUGUAGCACUACAUUCAUCAUUGAGCCUGCGAGAGAGGCGCGCGUCACCAACAUUUUGAAGGUUGACAUUCCACGCAUCGCCUUCUCGUCCCCGUUCCUGAUGGACUGUCUACUCGCCACUUCGGCACUGCAACUCGAGCUUUUGGGUCAAGAUGUCGACAUGUACCGCGCCGUUCGCUAUCGCUCUCAUGCGUUCCACGGCUAUCGCAGAGCCAUUGCAGAAGCCAAACCAGAGACGUUCCCGGCAAUUAUUGCGUGCUCUAUACUUCUCACGAACCUUGCAUCUCACAUGUUUCGUGAAGAAGAGACUGAGCAGUUGUACAUCAUCAACUGGAUGACCCUUUGGAGAGGCAUCAGCCACGUCAUAGAUCUCGUGAGCCCGAGGAGAAUUUGGGAGUCUGGACUGGCUGAAUUAUUCCUGAGGCCUUGUGUUGACCCAAACCAAUCUGCCUUUUACAUCCCCAGCCACCUGCUCUCCGUGGUGGCCUCGAUUGAGCCUGGGGACGAAGACCAUCCUAGCAUUGGCACCUACUACGCGGCUCUCCGCUAUCUCGGUUCCCUCUAUUUCAACCUGUCAAAAAACUCCGAGCCUGUCAUGAAUUUGAGGAUUCUCACUUGGUUCACCUACUUACCAGAGUCCUAUGUCGAACUUUGCCGGAAACGGAGGCCUCGCGCCCUCAUCAUUCUUGCUCACUAUCUCGUCUUUAUAAAGUUGAUGGACACAAUCUGGUGGGCAAUGGGCAUCGGAAACCGCGAAAUUCGUGGAAUAAUCUCCUACCUCGGAAACGAAUGGUCUUCCAAACUUGCCAUACCGCGACGGGCCUUGCCAAUAGAGGGACGACUUGAGAUUGCGCGAUUGCUUCUUGAUGACCAGAAAUGGGAAUUCCCUGUUGUUGUUGAUGAGGAUCUUAGCUUUGGAAGACCCAUACCGGGUGGUCAUUCGCCUGGGUUCACGCCGCCGACAACGGUUUCUCCGCCGCAGGCUGAUACUAGGGGAUUUCAACAAGACAAGAUCACGCUCGCUGCCAUGGCGACAAAUUCAUGGAUGUUAAACGAAGCGUCAAGUAAUUAA